CUCCAAGACUUGAACUUGGUGACAUGGAUCUGCUGCAACUGAGUGCUCCCCGUGAGUUCCCCGUGCCCAGCUCGUCGUCGGAGAGCAGCCGUAGCUCCAAUGGUGCAUCCAUGGCCUGCGGUGUGUGCCUGCAGCUGCGCUCAAACUUCUUCUGUGACGAGUGCAUUCGCAAUGGGGACUUCACCCGUAGCCAGGUCCGCUGUCCUGAGAGGUUUGCAGAGAAGAAGUUGCGUCUUCUUAGGCUCCAGCGGCACAAAGCCUCUCUUGAACACAGCAUCCUGGAAAUGUCGGGACCCAUGCUUGAAAAGGAGGCACUGAGGGAAGCCAUACAACGCACAAGGGACCAGAUUGCCUACCUCUGCAUUGUCCUAGAGGACCUCAAGAGAAGGAGAGGAGAGGAGGAGUCGCAGCUGCAGCAGGAGCGGGCCCAGUGUUGGAUGGCCGAUCGGGAAGUCCUGCACGUGCGGGACCAGCUGCAGCUGCGGUCACAGCAGCUGGACAACCUGCAACAGUCCCUCAAGGAGAAGCGUCAGCGGCUUGCCGACUGCCAGCUACGGCGCCAGGAACUGGUGCGAGCGUACGUGGGAGACCUCGCUCGUGACAUCUUCCCCAUACACGAGGAGGAGCGCCCGCUCGAAGCCAGCAUGGAGCCCAGUGCAUCUGGUGGCCGAGAACUGCACGAACUGGAGGAAGCACAGCAGACAGUGUACAUGCGGGGCCGCUGGGUUCAGCUGGCACCUACCGAGGGAUGCUACAACCUGGUUGGUGUGCGCCUGCCCACCAGCGGGGACUACUCACAGUACUGCCACUGGUUGGCUGAACAGCAGGAGCGUGCGUGGCCUGCCCCAGAGGAGCCAUGCAACGCAGGCUACACACUUUCGGCUGGGCUCAUGUACGCGGCCCAGAUGGUGGCUGUCCUUGCAUUCUACCUGGAUGUGCCUCUGCCCCACAGCCUCUGCUACAGCCAGUUUGGUGCCCGAGACGAGAGUGAGGAGGACUUCCGCAACCUGGUGGCUCGGCUCAACAGCAACGUGUUGCAUCUUUGUGCAUCCCAAGGCUUGGAACCGCCCCUGCUACGACCCAGGACCACGCUGCGCAAUCUUGCACUCCUGGUACAGCACCAGGGCAAUAUCCGGCUGGGUCCAUUCGAGAUGUGUAAUGACUUGUGGGCAUCACUCGAGGAGAGCUUGGGGCCAGAGUUACAACCCAGUGACCCUGACAGUGACGACAAUGAUGACUGGGAAGAUGUCGCAGAAGACUCGCCCAAGGCUGACAGUCAGUGGCGGCCCAGCAGCCCCCAGCCCAGCAGCAGUCUACUGUCAUCAGCUGCCGCCCUGGUCAGCAAUUUUUGGAAGCCAAAGUGAUAAAAGCUGCUCUCCUGAACACA